UACAGGCACAACGAAUUUGCAAAAUCACAAGAAAUCGUAAAAUCAUUAUUUUCCAUUGAUUUUUCCCCCUAAAAUACCCAAAACACCCAUCCCUCGAUUUCAGAAGUUCAGGUUCCUCCGUUCUCAUUUCCGUACCAUUCGCGUCAUUUCCGUAAUUUCACACCAUUCCGAUUCUCUAUCCCACUCCUCCUUAUCAUUUUAAAAAUAAUAAAUAAAAUUUUCUUGUAUUUCUCUCUUUUUAGAGAAAAAGAAAAAAGAGAAAACAAUGAGCGGCGACAACGAAUCAACUUCUCCGAUUUCACCAGCAUCUCUAAAACAAAAACUGAAAUCAUCUUUCCGUCUUCCAUGGCAACGCCACCAAAACAACCAACGCUUGGCGGCAAGUGCCUCAAUGACACCACCGAGCCCUAAGGCUGACGACAACAAUAGUCCGAGGCUGACGUCUUCUACGUGGCUUAAGUCGCCGGAAUUUAAAGACAAGUACCGCAAUUUGAUUAAUCGCAUUGGAAACGGUCACCGUCAUAGCCACAGUCAUAGUCUUGGUAGACGAAACUCGGCGGAAUUUCGAUACGAUCCGUCGAGUUACGCUUUGAAUUUUGACGAAGGAUGCGAUGAUAGCCAAUUCGAUGAGUUCCCUUUUAGGAACUUUACUGCUAGGUUACCGCCAUCUCCAACUACAAAUCAUAAUUCUAGGGAAAUCGCCGCUUAGCUCAAAUCAAAAUUUGAGAAUAAAUAAGGUGCUUUAAUCGGUUUUUCAUUUUGUUAAUAUUUUUUAAAAUUUUGCAUGGAAAAUUUCACAUAUUUAUUAAAAUAUGAUCAACUUUUUCGAUUUAAUUUUAAUUUUAAUUUUGUUUAGAUUACAUACGGAUUAUAGAUAUUUAGAUAUCUAUUAUUUGUAUUUG